AUGUCUCUGAUUAGAGGGAAAGUUGUGCUUAUUCUAGGCUUUGUCUUUCUGACCGCUUUCCUGGCCGCGGUGAGAGGGCUGCCCGUGAGGAAGCAGCGCAGCAGCAGCCCCAAGGAGCGGAGCUCCAAGCUGGCCGAGGUCUCUGCCUCAACUGAUCCCCAUUCGGCUGGGGACGAGGAGCUGCCCCCGUCAGGCAAGGCACGGGGCCUGAGGAGGAGCGGGCAGGCUGGCCCGCGGCGACACAGACGCCGCUGGGCAGCUCAGCAGGCUGCGAGGAGCCCGGCGGCGCCCCAGCCCGGUGGUGCCGGCCGGGAGGAGAGCCUGCCCUUCGUGCUGGACCUGCAGAGCUUGCCGGGGCUGGCCAAUGUCGACCUGAGCGCCCAGAACCCAAAUAUCCAGGUGACCAUUGAAGUGGUGGACGAUCCUCAGGCCGAGAUGGAGAUGGACUUGUUGAAGGAGACGAGCAACGACUGGUCCCUGACAUCCUCUGAGUGGUUGUCCCACAAGGACCUCUUCUGGCCCCUCUUCUGGGAAUACACUGACCCCACUGAGGAGGAAGAGGAGGAAGAAGAGGAAGACGACGACAACCUAGAUGUAAGGGACAGGGAGGAGGAGGAGGAAGAGGAAGAUUACGUGGCAGAGUAUGAGGAGGAGGAGUCCAUGCUAAGUGGAGUGGGAGGUGACUGGGACCAGCGGUGGCCUGGGCAGAAGAACUGGAUCUUUAAGGAAAAGUAUAAUUAUGACUAUGAAGAUGAGGAAGAAUGGAGCCCAUGGUCCCCUUGCAGUGUCACUUGUGGCAGUGGCAAUCAGAAGAGGACCCGGUCCUGCGGCUACGCCUGCACAGCGACAGAGUCAAGGACCUGCGACCUGCCACGUUGCCCUGGAGCGGAGGGGGAAAUGGCCUUCCCCACAGAAGAAACUCCUUUCAAAAGUGAUAACACCACAGAGCUGUUAAACUCAGAUGUGGACAGCUGUGAGAAGUGGCUGAACUGCAAGAGUGACUUCCUCACCAAGUACCUGAGCAAGGUGCUGACAGAUCUGCCCAGUUGCCCCUGUUCCUACCCACUGGAGGCCGUUUACAGUGCCGUGAACCUGCGGGAUGAGCGCCAGGGCAAGAGCUUCCGCUGGCGGGAUGCUAGUGGGCCCAAGGAGCGCCUGGACAUCUACAAGCCCACGGCUCGCUUCUGCCUGCGCUCCAUGCUCUCCUUGGACAGCACCACGCUUGCUGCCCAGCACUGCUGCUACGACGAGCACACCCAUCUCAUCACUCGGGGCAAAGGGGCCGGUGUCCCCAACCUCAUCAGCACCGAGUUCUCCCCGGAGCUGCACUACAAAGUGGACAUGCUGCCUUGGAUCCUCUGCAAGGGGGACUGGAGCCGGUACCACGCUGUGCGGCCUCCCAACAAUGGGCAGCAGUGUGCUGACAACCCCGCUGAGGAGGAGUACCUCUCCCAGCUGCAGGAGGCCAAGGAGUACUAGCCACUUGCCAUGCUCAGAGGAGCCACAGGGCAGCAGGUCUUCCAAGCAACCUCGGUGGAGCCCCGGGCAGCUGGUGGCUCCUACCGCAGCCCAGGCCAGCAGGCUGUAAUGGCUGCAGUCAUCCCUUGCGUAUCCCUUCCUUGGGAAUGCAGCAGCCCAGCAAAGCCCCAGACCCUGCUCGCAGGCUCCUUAUUGGUGCCAGGCAGAGGGGGGAGGAUUUACCAUCCAUCUUGUCUUUUCAGAAGGGUACAUCAGUUCCUUUCUGAUUUCCAAGGACGGAGGAGAUUAUCACGGGGUGAUCCCUGCCAUGCCACCUCGGGGGGUAGAUCUCACACCAUCACUUCCUGUGGGUAGCGCAGAGCCCAGGGGAUCCCUGGGCUGGAGAGGGGGGAGCUGGAGGGGAUGGGAGGCAGCGACAAGCGUAAAGUGAAAGGGGAACUGCCCCCGUUUACUUUUUCUAAAGCAUUCUGUGUGAUCCUUCAACGCAACCUGUGAGCUGAGGACCUGCAGGGUGAAAUGGCCUCAAUUUGUGUUGGUUUCGCACUGCACCUGAGGAGCUGGCCAGGUGCAGGAGGAUCUGCUUGGUCAUGCCUGGACACCUGCCCUGGCAUGUGCUGGCUCUCUUCUAAAACUUGGAGGGCAGGAGGGGCAGGGCUGCCCCAGCAAUAUGUAGUGUGGUGCCUCCCCUCUACUCUGCUUUUCACAUUCACAACUGGGAAGGAACAGGGAGAAGCCUAAUGGGUUUCAUGGGCUCCUGGAAGCAGCUGGGACAGGAGGAGACUGACUGCCUCGGGUCCCUUUGCAAGAUGGCCUUGCCACAGUGGUUUUGGCCAUGAUAGAAAACGGCAGUACCGCAGUGGUUUGGUUAAAGGAAGCAGAUGAGCUGCAACGCCUGUUGCUGCCUGGAGGUGGUCCUGCCGAGGCUGCCUUCCUCUCUGGGGCUGUUUGAGUCCUGGUGCUCCCCCCCAAGUCUGAGAUGCCCACCUGGCCACUCAGUGAGUUUUAGUCUUGCAGCACAGCGGCUCACUCAGAGCUUGUGUCCUGCUUGAUUGGGGCAGCUCAGGGCCCAGCUUGCAGUUUGAUCCUAAAGUUUCCACUCAACCUUAACAAACUAGCCCUGAGCAGGACCCCUACACCUCUCAGCAGACUGUCUGUGGCUGGGGCACACUCCAGCUACUGCAACUCAUCCUAGGUUCUCAUGAGUGAUUUCAGGGAGUGGAGAUUUGACCUCAAACUGAUUGCUUUUAGUCAACGGACCACAUGCCUGCAAAAGCAUGUGGCAGCAGAGACAUUUGGGGGCACUGUAAUGCCCAUAUUGCUGUUUUCUACUCUCAUUAAACCUCAGGGGUCAGUUCCCCAUGGUGAUGAGAACAAAUUAGUCACUACUGUGAGCAUCAAAUGUUACUCCCUUUCCAGUCUACUGCUCAGCACUCUGGCCCUUCUCUAUGGUGUAUUUGCCCAGAUCCCCAACAAGAGGCAGCUCAGAGAAAGCAAGUUGUAGUCACACCAUUUUGUUCUCUAAACUUGCUGCUUGGCCAAGGUGAGCCUGUGAGACUCGAGCUGCCUCUGCCUAGCAUGUACUGUCAGUCUCUGCGCAUGGGACAAUUUUCUCAGUGCAACGCCAGGUGCAGGGUGAGAAUGCCAGCUGUGGGAGCAAGGAAAGGGAUGAAGUGGUUUAAUUCCUCCCCUACCCUGACGAACAAGAAAGCUUUCCAGAUAGCCUCUAUUUUCCCCAUCUUUCCAUCUCAUCCCAUUGCUGUGGAUCAUUCUUCAGCUGUGUGCAUUCUUCUCCCAGAGAUGGUUGUGUCCUGUGCAGUCGGAAGAGCCCUAGAGCAGGUAGUUACCAGUUCUCCACACAGAGCUAUGCUAUUUCCAUUGCUGCUGCUUUGACAGGAACGCGAGCAUGUAGAAGAAGAGCUGAUGUGUCACAGGAGAGUCAAGUUUGGACUACAUCAAAGUGGCUCCAAUUGAGGAAGAUGUACACAUGCUAACAAAGAUGUCAUUAAUUCUUGGAGUCUGCGGAUCACAAAUAUGACACUCCAUCGCCACCUUGGUCUUGCCUGGGUUUUCCAGCUUUUCACAGGUCCUUGGUAGUUUUCUCCCAGCACGUUUUGGGAAUGAGCUUCAACGCUCCCAGGCUUCCCACAGAGAAACUAGGCCAAACAUCUUUAUCUCUGGACGUUGUGUAGCUCAACCUGGCAGAAAACGUUCACAGCUUUCUUUUAGCAAACUUUAUGCAGCAGAAGAAAUAAAAGAGGAAGUCAAGCAAAAAUAAAGAAGGCUGGAAUCAUUUGCAGAUUAAAGAUUUUAACCAAGGUGGUUGGUUACUCCAUAUUUUUCCGCAGAGUGCUGUUAAAUGCGAUGGCAUCUAUCUAAGUUCAGAGGAUUGAUUGUUCUAUGCUGUUUCUGUCCUCGUUUCAUCCGCUUUCUCCAGGGCCAGUAAAUAUACAAUCUGCUAGCUCUUUGGGGAGUCCUCCUAGGACUCUUGUAUGUGUUGAUUCUUUUGACUUUGUUAUUUAUAGAAUAUUGCAGCCUUGGUCAUGAGUGCAUAGGGCUUCAUUGCUGGUAAAACAAAAGCAUUUAUGAAAUUAUCACUGAACUAUCCUUGUUUAACUAUUACACAACUCAUAGCCACAGACCCAAGUUACGGGUGCUAUCAAAACAUAGGCAGGUACAGGCCUUUUCCCAAAAGGCAUGCAGUCUAAGAUGAGAAGUCUCAUGCAAAGGGUGAGAAGGAAGAUACAACCAAAUAAGCAUGGAUGGAGACCCAGAUUCUAGUAAAUAUCAGUGACCGUUACAUGCCCAACUGUUCAUUUGUUAACUGGUUUCUUGUAAAGAGAUAGUUCACAAGGAGGCAGUAACGAGGGGAUGGCAGUGACCCGAGCAGCUUGGUUCUGGGAGCUUAUCAUAUGUGCAAGGGAGCUCACUGAAGAAAAGGUAGAGAUAUUUGUACAGGAAGCUGACCGAUUGAAUGACCGAGGCUGUGGAAGGAUGAGCUUGUUAUCUUUUGUCACCCAAUAGAGCAUCCUCCUAUUUCCUCUCCCAUUUCAAAUGUCAUCACUUAACAUAAGAGGAUUCUCAGAGAAGUUUGUCUAGAAUUCAUGCAUAGACUUCUUUGAAAUAAUCUUUGAAAUUAAACAUGGGUCCAAUAUUGGACCUUGCAUUGAGCCCUCCGCUAAAACCUAGGUGAAAGCCAAGUGGCUAUUCUGCCUUGCUUCCUCUGAGGUUUGACAGGUUUGAUACAGGCAUGAACUGGAGCAUGAGAAACAAGAAGCAGUGUUGUUCUUCACACAAGCACCUUACACACCAGGAGUCUUUGCAGAGCACCGUAAGAAAAGUAGACAUGAAGCAAGCAUUUAUUUUUAUAUCCCAUCAAAGAUUCUGUCCAGCCCACCCCUAUUUAAGCGAUGAAUCUCUCAGUGUCUACUCCUUAAGUAAGUUUAUUAUUUUAUA